AUGAUGACAGAUGUGGUCGGCCUCCUCGUUCUUCCCUCUACGGGUUGUGCUGCUGAGACCGAUGUGCCGAAUGGGUUGUGCGGCUUCAUCGGCUGGCUUGAAGGUGCAGCUAAUGACAACAGCCGGCAGCCCACCCAAUCUAGCCAGUCGAACAACGCGAAGCUGUACGACGAUGUUCAGACAGCAGCAACUCGGCUCGUCAAGGUAGGUGCAUUCGGAGGGGCGGGGACAAUGUGUCGUGGCAAUGUUGCAUCGAUUUUAUCGUGGUGUCCUUUGUUAGAUCUAGUGUCAGAUUAUAUUGCAAUUUAUAAUUAA